CGACUGUUGUUUUGUUAUUGUUCCUCUAUGUUGCUGUCCUUCAGUUAUGUUUAAUGUCAUAGUUUUUACUCCAUAGUUAUUUGUCGACUUUUAUUCUUCCUCCUGGAAUAGACUUGUCACGUCAAGCAACAUGAUUCGUCGUAGUCCUACUCGCAUCGUCCUCAAGAUUGAGGAUUUGCAGGAAUAUGAGUCAAUGCGGAAAGAAAUGGAAGCUAAGAAAGGGACUCCUGUGACAAAUGCAUGGGAAGGCCCAGCGAGAUCAAAACAAGAUAUUGUUCGGGAGCGGAUAGGGUAUGUCCCUCAACCACAUGAUUCCUGACAUAGGGCCCCCCAUCGGAUAAUCCAACGGCAUCCUCACACUCACUUACUGUACCACGGUCAUCGUCAUUCUGAUCCACCGUCUUAUGUUCCUGUUGGGGCUCUACCAAUUUCUGCAAGUCCUUCAGAACGUUCCAAUUCUCCACCACCUGCAUCUCCUCUUGCAAGGCCAGCCUCUCAAUUUAAUCGCCCCUAGUGACUGUAGAAGUGAAGUUGGAAACUGUAUGCUGAGAUUAAAGUGGGAAUAAUAAAAGCCAAUUUUGUAAAAAAUA